CUCUCUCUCUCUCUGUGCGCUGUAUCUGUUGAAUGCUGAUUUUGCCCCCGAGUUGUUGCUCAUGCCUCCGCUUAAUCCUCCAUUGGACAACACAGAUUCAAAAAUAAAACCAAAUACUCAUUCUCGUAAGUGGAUAAGACCCUUCUAAUCUACUCCAAAUUUCAAGGAAUCCCCUAACGAGCCUAAUCUUCCUUUAGAUAAGAAAGAAAAUUACCACCUAGUCUGAUCAGCCUCAUCCCUGAGAAACACUCUUGAGCCGUAAAGAUCAUCAGAAACAUAUUUAGAGAGUCAGAUAUCCCAAAUGGUAUGGUGUUCUUCACUUGGUGCUCUUUUUCUUGAACUCAACCACGGCCUAUUGAAGCUCAGAACCUCAAUCUAGCCAAGCCAUUUCCUUGCACUGUUUGUUCUGUUCUUGCAUUGUUCAUGGAGCAGUGCUUGAGAGAGAUACAAGGAAAACAAGUUCAUGAUCCUUUGUUUGUAGAGAAAGCGAACAGGCAAUCGUCGUCACGAUGCGAGUACGUUGACGGGCCGGUGAUCGUGGGCGCAGGGCCAUCGGGACUCGCGACCGCAGCUUGUCUCAAAGAAAGGGGUGUCCCGUACGUUGUUCUUGAGAGAUUCAAUUGCAUAGCUUCGUUGUGGCAGCUCAAGACCUAUGAUCGUCUUCGACUUCAUUUGCCAAAGCAGUUUUGCGAGCUUCCAUUCAUGGGUUUCCCGAGUGAUUUCCCUACUUACCCUAGUAAGCAACAAUUUAUUAAGUACUUGGAGGAUUAUGCCGCCACGUUUGAUAUUAAGCCGCGGUUCAAUGAGACUGUGGCACAUGCGAAGUAUGAUUCUACCCUUAAGUUUUGGCGCGUGAAGAGUGCGGGACUCAAAGGUGAUACAGAGUAUGUUUGCCGCUGUUUGGUCGUGGCGACGGGGGAGAAUGCAGAGCCAGUGGUGCCGCAGAUAGAUGGAAUAGGGGAAUUUGGAGGGCCAAUCCGGCAUACAAGUUUGUAUAAGAGCGGGGAUGAGUUUAGACUGAAAAAAGUUUUGGUGGUUGGCUGUGGGAAUUCAGGCAUGGAGGUGUGUUUGGAUCUCUGCAACCAUAAGGCUAAGCCCUCUAUUGUGGUCAGAGACUCGGUGCACGUCCUACCACAAGAGAUGCUGGGAAAAUCAACUUUUGGGCUGUCGAUGUGGUUGCUCAAGUGGCUGCCCAUGCGCCUUGUCGAUCGGAUCCUGCUAAUCGCGUCAUGGCUCUUGCUCGGCAACACUGCAAGAUUUGGAUUGGACCGGCCGCACUUAGGUCCCCUUGAACUCAAAAAUCUGUCCGGAAAGACCCCAGUGUUAGAUGUUGGAACGCUCGCCAAGAUCAAAAGUGGAGACAUUAAGGUAUUUCCAGGCAUUAAGAGGCUAAAAGGUUAUACCGUAGAAUUUGUUGAUGGGAAAAGAGAGAAAUUUGACGCCAUUAUUUUAGCAACCGGAUACAGAAGCAACGUACCCUCUUGGCUUAAGGAGGGAGAAAUGUUUUCAAAGAAAGAUGGGUUCCCUCGAAAGGCAUUUCCAAAUGGUUGGAAAGGCGAGUGUGGGCUGUAUGCAGUGGGGUUUACGAAACGCGGACUACUUGGAGCAUCAAUGGAUGCCAAAAGAAUAGCGGAGGACAUCGAACGGUGUAGGAAAGUGGAGGCAAAUUAAUAAGCAAAAUAUGUCUUUUGCUGCUGGCUCAGCACUCGAUGAUCUGCAAAGGUCAUUAUCUUGAUUUUGUCGAGUUAGAGAUGUAGAAAUCGAUUGAGAAAGUGAUAGAUAGAUGGAUGAUUGGAGGCAUAAUACGAGCUUUUUGCCCUAGUCGUCAUCAUCUUGAUUUUGCCGAUAUCGAUCAGUUAGAGGUAUAAAAAUUGAUUGGAGAAAGUACAACUAGCUAGCUAGAGAUCAGUGAUGAGAUCAUUUACAUUUUUGUCAUCUUCAAUAUUUUCACUUUCUUCUUCUCAAGCAAA